AUGUUCACGCUCAUGCAAAAAUAUUCUGAGCAACUGGAGGCUGAAGUACAAGAACGCACAAUGCAGCUGGAGGAGGAAAAACAGAAGACGGAAAAUCUCAUAGCUAAGAUGCUGCCACUGCCGGUUGCUCAGGCUUUGGUUGCUGGAAACCCUGUGGAUCCGGAAGCGUUCGACAACGUCACCAUUUACUUUAGUGACAUUGUAGAAUUCUCUUUGAUCUCUGCCAAAUCUACGCCAUUGCAAAUUGUCGAUCUGCUCAGUGACAUCUAUACAACAUUUGACGCAACAAUUGAGAAGUUCGCCGUUUAUAAGUCGCAGGUGGAGACUAUUGGUGACGCCUACGUGGUGGCCUCUGGAAUUCCUAUCCGCAAUGGCAAUCUGCACGCAGGAGAGGUCGCAACCAUGGCCCUAGAGCUGCUCAGUAUCAGUGCUCCUCUGGUAAUUCGAUACCUGCCUGAUGUGCCCAUCCUCCUGCGCAUCGGCAUCCACUCGGGUAGGUCCAUGUCUGUGAAUGCUUAUACAGAAUGGUACUUACAACAAGGCUCACUGAAAUAG